UGCCAGUCCAUGCUUCAGUGCUCUGCGAGUGUUUAUAGCCCUGUGACUUUAACACUUCAUGACUGAGAGCUGCUGCUCAGCAACUUCACCCACAGCAACCAUGACUUUGAUCAGCGUCUUCAUCUGCACACUGGCCCUCUGGACUCAAGGAUCCAGAGGUCAGGUGACUGUGACUCAGACUCCUUCAGUGCAAACUGCUGAUCCAGGAAAAACAGUCACCAUCAACUGUAGAACCAGUAGCAGUGUGUAUGGUGGUAGCUAUCUACACUGGUACCUGCAGAAACCUGGAGAAGCUCCUAAACUCCUGAUCUACUAUGCUACUAGCUUACAGUCAGGAACUCCAGCUCGUUUCAGUGGCAGUGGAUCUGAUACUGACUUCACUCUGACCAUCAGAGGAGUCCAGACUGAAGAUGCAGGAGAUUACUACUGUCUGAGUGACCAUUAUAUCGGUAGUAGCUAUGUGUUCACACAAAGAGACUGUUAUUAUCAGCUGCAGGACCGGUGUGGAUAUUGUCUGAACCUUCAGAAACCUGGAGAAGCUCCUAAACUCCUGAAACACCAGAAACACAAUCUAUGUUUCUCUUCAGGAUCCAGAGGUCAGGUGACUGUGACUCAGACUCCUUCAGUGCAAACUGUUGAUCCAGGAAACACAGUCACCUUCAACUGUAGAACCAGUAGCAGAGUGUAUGGUGGUGACAGUCUCGCCUGGUACCUGCAGAAACCUGGAGAAGCUCCUAAACUCCUGAUCUAUGAUGCUACUAGCUCAUACACAGGGACUCCAGCUCGUUUCAGUGGCAGUGGAUCUGAUACUGACUUCACUCUGACCAUCAGUGGAGUUCAGACUGAAGAUGCAGGAGAUUACUACUGUCAGAGUCACCAUAGUGGUGGAGUGUUCACACAGUGUUAGAGCGCCGUACAAAAACCUCGGUCAGUGAGAGUGCACAGAGAAGCACUGCUGCAGCUGGGAGCGACUGCAGGUGCUGAGGGGGAGGAUGUGAUACAGCACAAUGACACACACUGUGGACGAGAGAAAACACACCACACUAUCUCACUAAUGCACACACACAUCUGUGAGAGGAGUCCACCUUUCUCAGCUGUGGACAUACAAACAAUUCCUCAUGAUUCUCAUUCACUGCUUAGUAAUUAUCUUUAUCCUCAUUUAGAAAUUAUUUAUUAUAUUUUGUUGCAUAUAUGAUCUACCAAAAGACUUCUUUAUGGUUAAUAUCAAACACUAUUAUAAAGUUAAUAUUGUAUUGUAUAAACUUUAAUAUUCAUUAAAUAGAGCCACAUUAUAGAGCUGAGACUGACAUUUAACUGAACAUUUCUUUAAUUAUUAAACCAUUAGAUAAUAACUAAUUCAGUCUAGCUUCUCAAAUCACUGAACCAGAUCAUUGUUAAAAAGCAUGACAAAAUUUAUUUAAAAUUAAUUUA